AACUCUGGGAUGUGAGGGACCCAGCGGGAGUGGAAUUCGUCCUCUGUGUUAUACCAGCAGCGAAGGUGCUGAACAAUGCUAACGUUAUUGGGAAGCCAUCAAUACGCCGUGACAGGUUGAGAUGAGAGAGCGUUGUCCAUGGGUGUUAGCCGAUUAGAUGUCCUCUACAGAAGGCUCCUCCUCACCAAACUGUUCAUCCAAGGAUGGGGAAAGCCUGACGAUCUCAAGAGAAUAUUUGAGUUCCGUAGAAUAAUUGGCAACAGGGAGAAGUGUAAGGACCUGGUACCCAAGGAUUACCCAGUGUUCAUAGAUAAGGUGGAGGAUCAGUCUGAUUGUAAGAUCCAUAAUGGCUACUUCAUUUCUCCUCUGGAAGAAAUUGUCCCCGGAAUCCUGCCCCCUGAGUCUGUCAAAGCCCGGUUCCAGUUUAUAGUUCCUAAGAAGUGGAAGAGGCACAGCCCAGUAUGCAUCCACCUGGCCGGCACAGGAGACCAUUUCUUCUGGCGGCGACGCACCCUGAUAGCCCGACCGAUGAUCAAGGAAGCUGGCAUGGCCUCUCUACUGCUGGAGAACCCCUACUAUGGAUAUCGGAAACCAAAAGACCAAAUUCGAUCCAGCUUGAGGAAUGUGUCCGACCUGUUUGUAAUGGGCGGGGCUCUGAUCCUCGAGUCAGCUGUGCUUCUCCAUUGGCUGGAGCGGGAAGGCUACUGGCCUCUAGGAAUGACUGGAGUGUCCAUGGGCGGGCACAUGGCAUCCCUGGCUGUGACCAACUGGCCCAAGCCCAUCCCUCUGAUCCCCUGUUUGUCUUGGACCACUGCCUCUAAUGUCUUCACCACAGGUGUUUUGAGUAAAGCCGUGAACUGGAGGGAGCUGGAGAAGCAGUAUGCCAUGCACUCAGUUUAUGAGCGUGAGAUCAUCAGAAUGCUGGAGUACUGCGGGACGGACUCAUUCCAGAUGGGCCAGGACUUGGUGAAGAACUCUCCCUGCAGUCUGGACACCCUGUCAGGCCUGGAGCUGCCAGGAAAGCUGCUGGGGCUGAGCCGGCCCCAGGAGGAGAGGCUGGGGCUGCGCUCCCAGGCGACCAGAGGGGGAGGGAGAGACAGCAUCCUGCUCUCAGGAGAGAGGGGCCGGGACGGGCUGGACCAGAUGCUGUCAGCAGUCAGCAGCAGUGGGCCACACAUGAACAUGCUACAUGCCAAGAACAUGGGAGCGGGCAGCGGGCAGCGCCAGUCCCUGCAGAGGAUGUCUCUGUGCUUCAUGAAGGGCGUGAUGGACGAGUGCACCCACAUCGCCAACUUCUCAGUCCCGGUGGACCCCAGCCUGAUCAUCGUGGUGCAGGCCAAGGAGGACGCCUAUAUCCCCCGUACGGGGGUCCGGAGCCUGCAGGAGAUCUGGCCCGGCUGUGAGGUGCGCUACCUGAAAGGGGGCCACAUCAGCGCAUACCUCUUCAAGCAGGGCCUCUUUAGGAAGGCCAUCUACGAUGCCUAUGACAGGUUUCUUCUGAAGUAUUCCAAGUGAAGUAUUCCGACUACAUCUAACCGCUGUUCACAACAGAAGACUGUGCCCAGUGUCUUAGAGGAGGAGGAUAGGGUACAAUUUUGUAUUAGUACAUUAUUUGGACGUUUCUAUGCAGUACAAGACCCUUCAGAUUAGAUUCUCCUUAUUUUCUCUUAAUGAGACCAUUUGACCCAGACACCAACCAAAGGGUGCUUCUGAAUUGAUGGAAGGCUAGUGUAAAAAAGAAAAUAUAUUGUUUAUAAAAAAAAAAAGAACUCUCUUCUACUCCUCACAAACACCACCUCCGUUUUGCCAUGUUGUAUAGUCCUCCAUGUUGCCUUCUGUUUUUCCAUCAAGACUGUGCCUCACCUUGAUCCGUCACACUCACCCAUAUCCUGCUUAGCACACUAUCAACUUGCGUGUUAGACACCCUGGGGCUCUCAAACAUGGCUGACCUACCCAUUCACCUGGACCUCGAUAACUCGACUGACCUUCGAAGACCAAGGCCCCUUUUUGCGACAGUCACAAACGUACAGGUGGCCCAAGACUCCUGGGUUGCAUGAAUGAUCCGUCAAUCACGUGUCAUCUUGAAUACUCAAUUUCUGAUGACUUGUAGAUGAAUCAGGAGACUGAGAGGCUUAAGCCACCUAAAUGAUUCUUUUCUUUUUUAAACCAUGGAGAAACCUGACCUGACCUAUCAUGGUGCUAACUCCUGGAUCUACUAAAAGAGGCCUGUCGAGGGAGGUGGUGUCUGCCACUUUCCUAGUUAGACCCAGGUUUAAAACACUGUGAAUGCCCAGCAGAAGGACCUCAUCAUCCCCUAACUGCUCUAGACAAGAGCACCCAUAGAUAUGUUUAUAUAUAUAUAUAUCUAUGAGAGCACCUGCCUGUUAAGCAUUUCAACUUCCUGUUUUCAAGUCUGAAAUAAAACAAGUGGAUUGACAA